AUGCUGAAAGGACGGCGUACGCAAGUGGUUUCAACUCAUCCACUUGAUUCCUAUGAAAUUUCCGAUGAUCUUAAUCGCCGAAAAAUACAGGUGCUAGAACGACGUUAUGGUGGGCGAAUUCGUGCUCAUACAGCAGCAACUCGUAUUCAGCGUGCAUUUCGACAAUAUCGCCUUCUUCAACAAUGGCGAAAUUUAAUCCUUCCUCUGCGUAAUAAUCGCUCACAGUUCAAUUUUCAAUGUGAUCGAUUGAGGAAGCCAAUUGGCUUGCGCGAUUAUCGUUCCUGUGGUUUGCUUAGAAAUGCUAUUGAGCCUUACCGAAAUUUGGAGCGUAAUUGCAUAUCGACAAGUUCGGUCAAUCCAAAUCGUGCAUAUAGGACAUUAACGCGUCAUAAUGACCAUCAUUUGUUCCAUCCUUCGAUUUCAUUAUCUGCUCAACUUCGAUCAGAUCAAUUUGAAAAAACAAAUUCACCAAUUUGUGGUUUAAUUCGAAAUCCGGUGCUGUACCCUCAAAAAGUUCAAGAAAAGCGAGCAAUCGCAGAAUUAAUAUCACCUCGGUUAUCGCAUCGCAGAAUCAAAACGGAUGAUGGUGAAACAUCCGUUUGGGUUCCUCGUUCAUCUUUUCCCACUCAACAAUCGAAUCACACGAAUUCGUUACCUCGGCUGAAUAUCCACAUCGAUUCUGCUAAAACUCAUCAAUCUUCUGAUCAGCUUAGACGUCGUCAGUAUCGAAUUGCGCUCAAUUUUUUCAAUAAGAAACCAUCACGCGGAAUUCAGUUUCUUGUAGAUUGGGGCUUUGUGCAGGAAAGUGCUAUAGCUGUUGCCAAAUUACUUAUCGGCCGUCGUGGUUUAAGCAAGCAAAUGAUUGGCGAAUAUCUUGGAAAUUUGCACGAUGAAUUUAAUUCUUAUGUGUUGAAGUAUUUUAUUGAUGAAAUUGAUUUGCAUGGAAUGGAAAUUGAUAUCGCAUUAAGACAUACUUUGACAUUCUUUCGGCUUCCUGGUGAAGCACAAAAAAUUGAAAGAAUAAUGGAGGUUUUUUCUCGCCGUUAUGCAUUCUGUAAUCCUGAUCAAGUGGCAUAUUUUCACAGUCCGGAUACUAUUUUCAUUCUUGCCUUUGCCAUUAUUAUGCUGAAUACAGAUCUUCAUUCACAUUGUAUAAAACCAGCGCGAAAAAUGAAAUUAGAUGAAUUCAUCAAUAAUUUACGAGGGAUUGAUGCUGGACAUGACAUUGAUAUAAUUUUACUAACGCGAAUUUAUCAACGAAUUAAAAAACAUGAAUUUCUACCAUGUGUCGAUCAUGUAACUCAGGUUAUCAAAGUGGAUCAAAGUAUUAUCGGUAAAGACAAGCCGAAAUUAGUUGAACCACAGCGUCGUCUUGUUUGCUAUUGUCGUUUGAACCAGGUUAUUGAUUGUACGAAACGGCAGGCUGCAAAUGCCCAUCAGCGAGAUGUAUUUCUUUUCAACGAUUUAAUACUCAUUACAAAAGUUGUAUCAAAAAAGAAGGUGUGUGUGCAAUAUUCUCUUCGAUGGUGGUCAUCCUUAAUAUCUCUGCGAAUACGAUCUUUCGAGUCAACAAACUGCCCUCUUGGUUUGUCUCUUCGAAGCGCUGAUGGUCAGGAAUUUAUUUUCAACGCUAAGAAUGAAGAUGAUAGACUAAGAUUUAUCGCGGAUGUUCGUGAAUCAAUUUUGGAAUGUUCGGAAAUGGAAGCAAUUAGAAUUGAAUAUGAACUCGAUAAACAUUCACUAUCAAGCAGAAAUGGUAGUCAACGCGAUUCAGGUUUGCCAGAUGUAGAAGUUAUUGCAGCGAAUGGUAAUAGCAAGAAUUUUUCAUCAGUGAUUUCUACUGCUCGUCGUCUCAGUUUUAAUUCUUUUGAUAGUGGAGUAAUGGAAGAAAGCAAUGCCGAUACUACAUUGCUAUAUUCAUAA